AUGUCAGUGCAGCCAGCAAAUCUUCCUGUCACAGGAUGUGGACCUGUGAAUGUCAACAUGCAGCUAUCUCACGGUACGCUGGUACACGACGGAAGAUCUCUUGACGGCCAAGAGUAUCAACGUGGAGAUCCCGUGGCGAUAAUCGACAAUGGGUCGAAUGAGGAUCUCAAGGAUUCAGUUCAUGUCCUCAACCUGCGAAACAACCAGUACAUGCUCCUACUUCUCAAAUCGGUUUGCUGGGUUCCCACGCACACCGAGCAACGGUCAGGCGCAACAUUUUUACUCACCUUGUACGGCCCCAGCCUGGAUUUCCGGCACCCCGGUGAUGCACAAGCUCGCUUCGGCAACCGUGGUAUCGCAACUCUUCUCGGCUCGUCCAUUUACGUCGCACGCGAAGUGGUAUUGGAGGGCAACGCGUCGAGAGUGGUUUUGGAUGCUACUGACAGGGUAUCGAUGUUCACGGUGCAAUGGGACGCCCUGUCAGUCGAUUCGAUACAGCAGCCUGCCCUGACACCUUCAAGCUCAUCCUGCGCUUCUUCAAGAAGCCCUUCCGAGUCAGGAGAUGAUGUUCCUGUCAUGCACUUCUAUCGUCAUCAAGGACGCCGUGAUUCUGCUAUCGAGAUCCGCGACCCAGAAUCUCCCGUUUACAAGUCUUCCAUGUCACAGAAGACUUCACCGAAACCUCUCUUUAAUCGCUCUGCGUUCUUCGCGACAAAACAAAACACCCGCAUUUCUACUGAAGUCUCAACGCCUCGCAAUUACGGGCGCAGUAGCGCCAGUUGGUCAGACUUGGGGUCUGAUGAUGAGCAUAGCUUUGAUGUCGAUACUAGUUUUGGCUUUGACACCGGUUACUCUGGCACGCUCGACUUCUGCAAUGCAGAACUCCAGUUGGCUGGAAUGAACGCCGACAAUGACCUGCAGGUCAAUUUUGUCUUCAUGCAGCCAAACGAUGGCGACAACUAUGUCGCUGGGCCUCCGGAACAGCAACGUCCGGACAACAAUACACAAAACCCUAUGUGGGCGACAACCGGACUGCAGGGAGGGAACGAGCAAACUUGGAAUCCUCUGCAGAUGCCGCAACAUGUUACAGAAAUGCGACAACCCCAGAUGCCGGCACCACAACGACAGCAGCAGCUCCCCCCUAGACAGGAAAUGCAACCUGAAUACUACGAUCAGUACCGAAUGAUGGAGGACGCAGGCAGGACCCAUACUCAGGCUCUGGGACACCAAUCUGAGCAACUGGAGGCGCCUAGCAUGCACAGCAACCAACGGACGGAGUAUGUGCCUCCUCAACAAUUGCCUCAUGCUACCCCUUCCCACCCGGUCCAAAGUUUCCAGAUGCAAUCUCGAUACACAGAACAACCCAACAGACUCCCUGUUCCUCCUGCGGUGUCGGCUCCCUUUUCCAUGCCGCAGGAAGUCCACAUCAUCCAGAGCAGCCGCCACGAGCCCCGCCCUCCUUACCCUUUGCCAUCCACCUCCUACAGCCCAGUCAAUGAAGGCAGCUUGCCAUCCACCUCGCAUAGCCAACAGCCUAGACGUAGCCCCCUUCCUGAUGAGUCAAGAUCUUCGAGUGCACGGGGCACGCCGGUCAUGGCCCGUCGAUCAAAGCCACAGCCCACACAUACAUUCACACCCAAUGCUUUGCUUAACUCUUUCCGCCAGAGCACACAGACACACAUCGCUUCUCUGGAGAGACAUUGCGAACAACUUAAACAAGGGAAAGGCAGUGAGGAGCAGAUUCGCAAGUCUCAAGAGGCGCUACAAGUCAUCCGGCGUACGACUGAAGACUCCUUACAGACCCUUGGCCUGCUUCAGCCACUCUCUGGCAUCCCGUUCCAAGGCACGGAGCGGAGGUUGCAGUCUCUGGCUGAUCAAAUUGCUGCAGCCAUGCAAAGUCUCCUACCGGAGGCUACUGAGCAACCCACCACAGUUGAGGAGGGUAUUCAACAGCUCAAUCAGAGAGUUCAGAGCCUCAAGGAGUUCAUCGAAUACCUAGAAGGUGUUCAUCCAGAAGCCGUCAAACGCGCGCAGAGCUCCGCAGAGUCCGGGCCAAUGGCCGGAGAUAACUCCCACCAGAGGAACAAGAAUGGCUCUGCUAACGUGGGGAGCCGUGUUCCCUCAGCACCCGCCUCUGUCUCUUCACAAGUUGCGACUAGUGACGACUCAGACUCGUGCCGGUGGGUUGAUGGUCAGGCCACACCGCCACCCGAUCGAUCCGCUGCCAUGGCUCAGAACCGAGACCACUCACGACUGUUUCGCGACAUGGCAAGCGGUCACGGCCGGGCUCGUCAGGAGACCCGUAUCGCCACAGCCUCUGACUUCUACCCUGCUGCUAGCUACAGCCGACCAUCAUCACACAUGAACUCCCCCGUGACCAGCCACCCAGCGCCAGCCGAGCCUAGCCACGGAUUUUUCCAACAACCUCUCCCCACCCCAGUUCAACAAACAAUCCCAUUGUCAGAUUACACGAUGCAGUCUAGACCCAUCCAGGCCUACACGCCACCCACUUCGGCAGAGAUCAUACGGCCUAUGCAAGCAAUCUCGGGUAUUCCUUCCCAGCAUUACACAACCCAGCAGGAAAGCCCCUUUUGCCUAAGGCCUUCCCAGCAGAACUGCAUAUACCCCACGAGCGGAGCCGAGAUCUCUCAGGCGGGCUAUGCCCCGAGAUCUCCGGUCUCGUUUCACACGGCAAAUGGUCCGGUGCCUCCAUCUGCAUACUACCAUGACGCGAGGUCCAACCUUCCGGACCGACGCACCAUGCGUCAGGAGCGCCCGGCGCCGUAUUCCCUUAACUACAGGGACCAGAGGCGUCGCAGAGGGAGCCAGUAA